UAUGUUUGGAGAGGAAGGGUCUGUGGGGGUGAAAUGAACACGCCCUGUGUUGGAGAUGUGGCGUUGCUUUCUGCUCAGUGCCAGAGUCGGGGCGCUGUGCUGCAUCUAAUGUGAUCUUUAUUCUGAGCAAAUGCCAGUUUGACCCUUUCAAUUGCAGGAAGCCCCGAUGAGUCUCCACUCUGGAACCCCGAGCUCUGAGCCAGUGAUAUCCCACUGAGAGCACAAGCGUUCAGCACUCUGCAACAGGCGCAUUUAACCCUUUCUGCCAGGCUGCAGGCAUUGGUGGAUAUUCCGGGUCUUGGUCUGGGCUGGAAUGAACCAAACCAGGGCUAUACUGCCCAUGAGGGGAAUUAAUAUGCUAAUGGCUGUCACCAGUCUGCCAGUUACCAGUCACCCUAAAUCUCCCCACCCGCAGCCACCACCUCCCCUGGCACCAAAGCCUGGCAAAAACAACCUCAAGUUACAGAAGAUCUUGAAGAAGAUUGCAAAGCAGAAAGCAGCGCAGGAAUCUCCCGAUAGUCUGGAAGCACCAGAUAAGUCCCACCCUUACUCCUCCAAGCCUUUCCGCUCCAGCCUGUCUCCUGUCAAUGAAGCCAGCCCAGAUCUAGAACACAACGACCGUUCCCGCUCGCCUCGUUCUCAUCAACCACCACGACUGUCUUACCAACAAGUGCAAGUCUCAGCCUGGUCUCAGAACACCCCAAGCCCCUACCCCACACGCAAAGGAUUUAAUUUUGCUAAAGAAGAGACACUCCCUAAGAUACAAGUCAUUGGGCCACAGUCACCAGCUGAGCAUCACAUCCAGUUGUUGCGACAGCUGCCUGCCCCUCCUAUUAAGAGGUUCUUCAUUCCAAAUCUUCCAGCGAUCCUCAAGACACAAGAGGCACUAAGAUUCACGGCUUCACCCCACUUUGCCCCGGUCUCUUACACACAGAGAUCGUGGCCUACUAACGAGAUUCCGCGACUUAACACCCCCACGGUUGAACAACUUACAUUCAAGACCCCUGACCCUCUCGUUACUGAUCUCGAUACCAGUGGUCCACAUUUUGCUGUGACCAGAUCUUCAGUUCGUACAUUUCAGGCUCAAGGAGCAAAGACCCCCAUUGCAGAUCUUCGUGUAAAGACCCCAACUCCAGAUGUUCCCCGAACCAAGACCCCCACCUCAGAGUUUUGUGCGAAGACUCACACUACAGAUGCUCAAGUGAAGCCCCCCACUACAGAUGUUCACAUGAAAACUCCCACUCCGGUUGUUCAUGUGAAGCCCCCCACUUUAGAGAUUUGUGCAAAGACCCCUAUUACAGAUGAUGCUGUAAAGACCGCCACAACAGAUGUUCCUGUGAAGAUCUCCACUACAGAUGUUGCUGUGAAGACCCCCACUACAAAUGUUGCUGUGAAGACCCCCACCACAGAUGUUCCUGUGAAGACCCCCACUGCAGAUAUUCGAGUGAAGACACCCACCGCAGACAUCUCACGGGUCAUCAAGACCCCCACUGAUGAAACUCUUCGAGCAAAGACCCCAACCAGCGAUCCUGCUGCUGCCAAGGCCCCUGAUAAUGAGGCGCCACAAGACCCUAUGAGGUUUUUCAUCUCCGCAGUUCCUAAACCCAACACUGUCAAGAUUGAAAUCAACACCUUUGAAAUGACCAUCAACAGCACGAAGACUGAGAUUGCUGCACAAAAGAGCAAAGCAGAGGAACCAAUCUCUGUCCCCACCACCACUAACCAAAAGGUGGACAAGUCACUCGCUACAGCAGAGCCUCAGCUUAAGUCGAUGGAGCGAGCUAAACCUCCCAGAAAGAAGAUAAGUGGCUGGAGCCGUCUUAAGAAACACAUGGUGGUGGAUGAAGAGCCACCACAGUUUCCAGAGCCAGAGCUUCCUCUAUCCACAGUACAAGAGGAGCAUCGGAAGAGUACACAGGAGGUCAAGCCAGAGCCUCAGAAGGCAACAGGUUCGCGGGCGACAAAGAUGUGGGACGCCAUCCUGUAUCAUAUGUUCGCCUCUAAAGAGGGUUUGACACAGGAGAGCCAAGAGAAUGGCACAAAGCAGCCACAGGCAACACCGUUCACCAGCCGCCUGCCACUCCUCCUCUUCAGGCCUCGGUUUGACGCCAGGAAGCUGAAGGAGGCAGCGGCGAGACCGCUGAAGAGGAUCGCCAGUGUGCUCAUUGAGUCGGGGCUGCACCGCAAAGCCAUUAAUGAUGAUGAGCUCAAGGACUUCAAUCGGAAAGCAAAAGGGUGGCAGACAUAAUGAAAGCCAAUGAGGUGCAGAACACACAAUGGCAACGUGGUCAAAAAGCUCAGCCCAAUGGUCUUUGCACUAAGGGAUGGAGAAAGAGACAGGUUCACACAUAUACACACAGACACACAUUCACGCAUAUGAACACAUAAACAGAUAAACAUAUAGAGACACCAUAGACACUUUUAUUACACAUAUAUCCCCAUUCAAACAAGCACACUCAUUCACACACUCACACAUGCAUUGCCGCCUCUACACUGCCAGUAUUUAAGCUUUUUUUAAUAAAAGGAAUAAAAUCCUUGAACAUAUAACGCAGUAUUAACGGAUGUAAUAAACUGUAAAGUAAUUCUGAAUGAUGUGCAGCUUGCUGUAAUCUAUGCCGCAGCACAUAGAUCAGAGGCUCGCACACUGUGGGCCAUUUGUUCGUACAGCCUGAGGAAAGCGAGGUGUAAAAUGAUCAUUCAUUGGCACCUACAAGGUAAGCGAAGGUGCAGAGGGUUUAGGCUGACGUAGUAAUGGAUGGGGAAGCCCAAUGUGAACAUGAUGAACUACUGUUAGUUGGGACGAUGUGAGAGGGUUCGGCCACUACAGGCAAUGGCUGGAGGUGAGCUAGAGCACAGGAGCCUCUCUGUCCAAGCAGCAGUUCCGGGCAUGUCUCUCGCUGACCGUCCAGAAUCCCGAUGCAGAUCUCAUUUCCGACCUGCGUGAUUGUGGCCAUAUAUUGAGAGGGAUGUAUGAGCAGAGUUUGGGAGGGUCAGCGUCUGACACCCCGGCCCCCCCCCCCACCUACAACAGGAAUAUUUGCGAAUCGUUUUAUAAACCCCACACAAAUCCCAACCCUAUAUUACUAAUCACAGCCCAAGGGGAAGCAGAAACGUUCAGGAAGCCACCCUCUUGCACCAGCUUGUACCAGCAUCUAGACCUGUGCAGGUGAGUGAACCAAUAUCAUGUUGUAUCUUCUCCUGUCCAUGUAAGCAGACGCUCGUUUUCGUUGGGUCACUUCCUCUGCCAAGCCUGUCAAACCCUCUAUACACUGGUAUGUGUUGUGUGGAGCAGUGGAUCUGGCUGCCCACUCCUUUAGUGGAGUGACACCUAGAUUCAGUUGAGAUCAGCAACUGAACCAAUCUGAGCAAAAAGUCAUGAAGCCACAGGAAAGUUAGCAAAAAGAACUAGCGAGAGAUUGAGAAGGAAUUUCUUCGCUUAGGGUGUGGAAUUCAUUAGCGCGAAUAGUUAUUGAGGCUGGAUCCAUAGUCAUUCAAUGUGGGAAAUGGAUAAGCUUCUGAGCAGGAAAAAUGUUAAU